AUGACUGCUGUUCAAUACAACAAACCGAAGCCCAAGGAGAGUGUCCUGGACCUCUGCACGAGGGCCACGCUCCUUGGCAACAAUAUUUCAGUGCGCAUGCUCGAGUUCCUCACCAACGUCAAGCAUCAACCACAUGGCUUCCGCGACCUUGCCAAUGACUUUCUCGACAUCUGCCGCAUCCUUUGGUCGAUCGAGGCCGGCCUCUCAGAGGCGUCCCGCAUCCAUCAGGAGUUCCCAGCCGACAUGAUCAAGGAACUUGACACAAAAUUUCGCCAAACGAACUCUGACUUCCAGGUUCUCGACCACAUGAUGUUUGAGUUUCUCGAGUAUGAGAAGAAGGGCGCCAUGGGAAGGAUCCAGCGCGGUUGGCGCAUGAUGUUUGCCGAUAAGGAGAUCUUCAGAAUGAGAGAGUCGUUGAGGAAAGCCAGAGACGCGCUCAGAAUGAGUGCGCUUGUCUUCCAAUGGUCUCUCGGAAACUCAAAGACUGAUGAGGCUGUCGGCAACGGCUACGCCGGUCUUGCUGCUGCUUUGGACCGCAUUAGCCAGUCUCACUCAACGGUGCGGAUAGCAAAGUCCAAGUCGUUCGAGGUUCAACACACAACGCCAGAUCGCUCUGAUGAGACAUCUCCUCCUCUACCACCGCUUCCUGCCCUCCCUUCCCAACCUCCUCAUCUUCCCCCUCCUUCUCUUGUCGAGAAGAUGUCUGCGGACUUUGUGCUUCAAGAGACAAGGUUAUCACCAGACCCGCGCCGCCGCACAUCCAUCUCUAACAGAAGCCACCACAGCGCCUCUGACCAUGGUGCGCACUCCACAAGAAUUCCUGAUAGGAGGCUCCGUGACGACAUCACCAUCUCAGAGCACGGCCAGUAUGAUCUCCACCCCACUUCGACGAGAAUCAACAUGGAUAGGAGAUCCGCAAGAGACGACCUGACCAUUUCAGACACAUACGAUGCUCCUAGUCGUAUCUCAGACAGGAGAGGUCUCCGUGACUCUGAUAACACCAUCUCGCCAUCGUCUUCAGGCACGGAGACUCUGAUCGGUGAGCUCCAGACUAUCGCCGACAGCAUCCCGGUCAAGGUUGUCCGCUUAAAGGCAGACCCCAUGACGAUGCCGCGCUGGACACCGCGCCACAAUGCCAAUGGCAACCCCAGCCUAAAGAACUCGCUCAUCGCCGCCGUUCAGGGCAAGAAUCACAAGCUUGUGGAGCAACUACUUGACCGCGGAGUCUCACCCGAGACCGGCACUGAGAACCACGUUCUUGUCGACUCAGUCCUAGCUCAGGACACUGAAAGCGUCCGCCUUUUGCUUCUCUUCGGUGCCGACCCCAAUUCAUCUGACAAGGAUGGCAUCAGUCCUCUGUUUGCUGCCGUCGAGAUGAACGCCACCGAGAUUGCCAGGAUGCUUCUCAAGUAUGGCGCAGAUCCCAAUCUUUCCGCCGGAUCAUCCCAGGAAUCCCCUCUGGCCAUCUCCGUCAUUGACGGCAAGAUCGAUUUCGUUCACCUGCUUCUAACAUACGGCGGUGACCCGAACCACAUCAUGGCCAACGGCAACACAGUUCUUAUUGCCUCAAUGAACAAGAACACUCCCAAGAAGCUGGUUGACAUGAUGCUCGACUACGGCUCAGACCCCAACGUCAAGAACAAGGAAGGCAAGACUGCCCUGUUCGAGGCCAUCCAGGCUGCGAGAGUAGAUCUUCUUACUGCCCUUUUGGACCACGGUGCCAAUCCCAACCUGCCCGGUCCCAAACACAUGCUCUGGCCCGCCACAUACCAAGCCGACUGUCUCAAGGUUCUGCUUGCCCGUGGUGCCGACAACGACAAGGCUCCGGGCAACAUGGAGCUCGCUGUCAGCAUCAACAAUAUUGAGUCUGUCCGCGUCCUCCUGGCGGCUGGCGUCUCGCCCAAUAUCAAGAAGGACGGCAUCUGGACCCCCCUCUGCACCUCCAUCCGCGACAAUCGCGCUGAUAUCCUCGAGCUUCUCCUCGAAAAGGGCGCGGAUCCCAACCUCAACUCUGCCGAGUACCCUGCUUUUAAGUGUGUCACUCACUUCCGCACUCACUUCCUGCCGCGCCUCGUCGCCGCUGGCAACGACCUGCAUAACCCCAAGGGCAUCAUUGAGAUGGCCGUCAGAGUCAACAACAUGGAGGCUCUCAUGUGGCUCCUCGAUCAGGGCGUCAGCCCCAACGAUAAGGGCGAUGAUGGCAACACUCCCCUGACCACCGCCAUCAAGGAGAACCGUAUGGAAAUGCUCGACGAGCUGAUUUCCCACGGCGCAGACCCCAACGUGCGCGGCUCGGAGUGGCCAAUAGUCAUGGCUGUUCAGCACCCGGAGAUCCUCAAGAAGCUUCUCCCGUCCGUCAGCGACCCGCGGAACUUCAAGGGUCUGAUGGAGCGCGCUGUCGUUGCCAACCAGCUCGAGAGCAUCAAGUUGCUCCUCAAGGCCGGCGUUUCCGUGGAGGACAAGAACGGUGGUGUCUUCUCACCGCUGACCAGCGCCAUCCGAGAGGACAACAAGGAGAUUACCAAGUUCCUUCUCAACGAGGCCGGUGCCGAUAUCAACGCCCCCGGAGAGCACUUGCCCAUUGUCAAGGCCGUGCGGAGGUGUCGUGGUGAUGACACGGAAAUCAUCGAGAUGCUCCUCCGCAAAGGCGCGGACGUCAACAAGAUGUACCGCGGGUGGAACGCCAUCAUGCAGGCCGUCGAGAACGGCGACGCCAAGGUCCUCAAGCUUCUUGUUGCGGCCGGCGGUGUUGACCUCGAGGCCAGAGACGAAGGCGGCCGUACAGUUAUGGAGAUCGCUGCGGGCCGUGGGUGGGAGGAGUCGGUUGGUAUCAUCCUCUGGGAUGGCAAGGUGAAGGCGUAA